AUGCGUGCAUACCAAAGAGAAAAGGGAAGUAUUGAGUUAAUUUUAAAAACAUUUGGCUUAGUUGUGUUUGCCGCAGCCCAAUUGGUGCUGGGCGCACAGAGCCAAGGAGUUCAGCUUGGCGAGGAUCUGAUGGAUUACCAAAACCAGAGAGACCUCGCAAACAUUUUGAACGAGCUGAGAAAUGGGUCGGAAAUUGCACGAAAUUUGGUGUCCUCAUUUGCGCAGGCAAACGAAGAUGCAAAGAAAAAAGAGGAGCUAGAACAGAGUCUUGAGUCGCAGGCCUCUAGAGAGAACGCAGCGAGCGCAGCUGUGAACUACUCGGAAGGCGUGUUUGCGCCCAAGGACGGCAUAGCCUCUGCGCCCAGAACAGCCGAGUCUGAGGAUGCUGAGGCAAUACAGGAGUCACUUGCCGAGCUGCAAAAGGGUAUUCUUAACGCAAAAAACUGUGGCGUGUGCUGCGCCUGUAAGAGAAAGACGGCGCUCAACCUUGGCCUAAAAAUAGGCUCGCACUGCUGCUCAUAUGUUAUCCGCGAGAUAGAGAGGAUUCUGAAUAAGCACAGCCAAACUGCACAGCGUGUAGACGCGACAACGGACAGCAUCUCCAGAGUGUUGGAUGGCCUGUUUAAAGGAGCUGACACUGCGGCGUCUUCCUUCGAAGUUACAGACAUGGUCAAGAGAAUUAUGGACCUGCCCUCGGAGAGGAUGGUGCUUAAGGUAUACCUUGCAAUCCUGCUGGAUUCAAUUAUGUUUGACCUUUGCAACAACCAAAACUGCGCACUGUGCAAGGCGCUUUACCAGUAUGACAGCUUUUCCAUUUACAGAGUGGUGCGCGCAACCAGCGUGUUUGGCCAGAGCAAGGACACGUUGGGCACAAACCUGGGAAGGCUUUCCUCCGGCUUGAAGUCUGUCAAGGACGCAUGCAUGCUGUUUAAUGGGCUCCAGCGAGUGUUUAUGCUGCUGAGGCUCAACUCGGGCAUCUUCUCCCUAAGGUCCAUGAACGAGAGCUUGGGCGUGUCAAACACCGGGGCAGAUGUCAAUGCCCGGUUUAUGCUGAACACUUUCAACCUGGCGGUUGUGCUGAACAGCACAGACAUGAUGUACUACUUCAUGCAGGCAAAUGGAAGCCUUAUUCCCAUUCCAAAUGUGGACAACAUGAACUUGGGCUUGUACAAUAUGGUGAGCUCUGCAGGAAUCGACUGGCAGGGCGCUGUAAACUCGCAGCUGCGGCUCUACGAAAACGCCGGAACGACCGCGUAUGCCGAACAGCCAGAUGUGGUUAGCUUUCUGCAGAACGAUGGCUUAUUUAUUGGUACCCCACGCAACGUGGAGGUAAAGGUUACGCACACAAUACCUGUGCAGAAUUUGCAAACAGCGCGCCAGAAGAGGUCAGUCCCUGUGACGGCAAUUUCUUCUGCCAAAGCAGUUCCCUUGGCUGAGCAAGCGCCGCAGUUUAUGCAGGGAGUUAGCCCGCUUACCAUCGGCCCUACUUCGAUUGGAAACGUUUUAGUAGCGCCUGUCCAGCAGCCGUGCCCAAGCGUUUGCAAAAAAAUCGAACAGCUUUCAAAGAGCGGGUCUAUAUAUGGCUGCCAGAAGACAAAUAAGCUUUCUGGCAUGGCUGAUAACCUAGCGUUGGCUUUGGCUUCUGGAAACACCGCGCCUCCCGAGGUGGUGGCGCAGCCUGGCAUACUAAAGAAAUCUACUGAAAAGAAGACCGUUCAGUUUGCAAGACCUCCGCAGGUACGCGCUACUAGAGCAGCUAUGCCCUGCAGCGCUGCAAAGUCUGUGAGCUACACGCAGAUGUAUGUUCCGCAGCAGGCUCCUGUUGUUGCGCCUCAGUGCAGCAUGAAGAUGCCGUAUGAGAACAUUUCUGUCCCUGUUGUUUCUGGGCUGGCCGCUCCGACAAUGCAGGCCCAGCCCGUGUUUACACACGCGCCGAGUGUGCAGAGAUCUGCUGCUCCUUUGAACCCCACCGUGAUUAGUUCUACUCCAAACAACUCCACGUAUGGGUUCCAUUGA